AAAUCCCUUCUGACUUCAGAGAAACGAUGUCUUGGCAUCUGGCCUACUUCCCUAGAACAUGAUGUGAUGUUGUCCACAUGGGCCAGUCAUUCCACUCGACAGUAUGUGCGCCUGUCUCAUUCCCAGCACUUGAACUAUUAGCAAGAAUAGAGUGGAAACCUGGGCUUGCCAUACUCUGCUGUGUUUCCUGCCUGACCACAUUACUCUUACAAUGUCACUCGGGAAUAACUUGAUCAGAUUAGGGCGAACCAUGUGGUUGGCCAAUCGCGACUGGAAGGAUUCUCCGUCGUCACUUUGUUGCACUCUUAGGAAAUGUGUCCGGAUAGACCUGCCCAGUGUUUGCUCUCGACGAUCCUCUGUGUUCCUGCUGUCUAAUUCAUGAGAUCGGAUGAGUGCAGACUGUUCAAGCAACUCCGUCUGCCCUGCCAACAGCAUGGAGGAGGAGCUGCCGGGGGAAAUCGAGGGCCAUGGGACCCUGAAGCUCGUUUUCACGGUGGUGUCAGCCGUGAUGGUGGGUCUGGUCAUGUUCUCCUUUGGAUGUUCUGUGGAGAUUCAGAAGCUGUGGUCACACCUGAGAAGACCCUGGGGCAUCGCAGUGGGACUGCUGUGCCAGUUUGGACUCAUGCCCCUGACAGCCUAUCUGCUGGCCAUUGGCUUCUCUCUGAAGCCAUUCCAAGCGAUUGCUGUCCUCAUCAUGGGGUGCUGCCCUGGGGGCACCAUCUCAAAUGUUCUCACCUUCUGGGUGGACGGAGAUAUGGAUCUCAGCAUCAGUAUGACAACCUGUUCCACGGUGGCUGCUCUGGGAAUGAUGCCCCUCUGCCUCUACCUCUACACCUGGUCCUGGAACCUUACGCAGAAUCUCACCAUUCCAUACCAGAGCAUAGGAAUUACCCUUGCGUCCCUGAUUGUUCCUGUGGCCUUCGGGGUCUAUAUGAAUUAUAGGUGGCCAAAGCAAGCGAAAGUCGUUCUUAAGGUCGGGGCCAUUGCUGGCGGCAUCCUUCUUCUGGUGGUGGCAGUAACUGGUGUGGUCCUGGCGAAGGGAUGGAAUACGGAUGUCACUCUUCUGAUCAUCAGUUUCAUUUUUCCUUUGGUCGGCCACGUCGCUGGCUUCCUGCUGGCGUUCCUCACCCACCAAUCUUGGCAAAGGUGCAGGACGAUUUCUAUAGAGACUGGAGCUCAGAACAUCCAGCUGUGCAUCGCCAUGCUGCAGCUGUCCUUCACUGCCGAGCACCUGGUCCAGCUGUUUAACUUUGCGUUGGCCUACGGACUCUUCCAAGUGCUGCACGGGCUCUUCAUUGUCGCAGCCUACCAGGUGUACAAGAGGAGGCAGAAGAGCAAACACCGGAGGCAGCACCCUGAUUGCCCAGAGGUCUGCUACGAGAAGAGGCCCCGAGAGACCAGUGCUUUCUUGGAGGAAGGUGAUGAAGCUGCUGUCACUCUGGGGCCAUCAGAGCCAGGACAGCAGCACAGGGCGGCGGUGGAGUAAUCAGCCACAUUCCGUCAUGUGACUCGUGAGAGACACAGGCCAGGAAUGAUGUUUGCUGAUGUGCAGUCAUUGGCAGGACUGUGUGGAUAAGCAACAGACAGUUGAAUUCUUAUGUUUUUCAUCCCUGUCUCCUGUGGGACAGCGAACGGUGGCUGGCAGUGAGCAGUAGGCACCUUCGGGUGAAGCUGGCCUCCCGUUGUGGAUUUUAACCCAAGAGAGAGAACACGGUGUAUGGAGAUGUCACUCACACUGCAGGAUGGAGCGGGUCUAGAUCCACAUGGCUUCUUGGCUUCAAGCAGGUACCCUGGAGUUCUAGGGAAGAAGUACUAAAGGAAAAUGAGCUUCAGCAACACGAUUUUUAAGGGAUCAAGCAUCUUGCAACUUUAUGUGUGUGAUGCAAGCUUAGAGAAAAUCUAAAGAAAAUGGGAAGAAUCUAAACAGUGAGUAUCUGAGCUAUUCCUGAAAGGAACAGACAUGUGCCCGAAAUUUCCAAAGCAGACUCAUGGCACUUGCCACAAAUCUCCAAAACAACAAAGACAAUCCUUGAGUAUCCUGUGCACCAAAUCAUCUAAAAAGCUUGGAGCACAUUUCCGGUGUGUUCUGACUGUCAACUGAUGAGCAUCUCAGAACAUCUCUUUAUACACCUGUCUGUGUUACCUACCUCAUCCUUUAGAACAGUGUCUAUGUCCAAGUGUUGUGUUCUAUAGGACUGUAAUUUAUUUAACUCGUCCUUCUUAGUGGGUAUUUUGAUACCCCCCAGUGCAGUGCUGCUGUGAACCCUGACCCCCACACCCAUGUCCUGUAGACUCCUUCCCGCAGCUCUACUGGGCAGCUCCACUGCUCCUGGAAUCUUGGACAGAUUGUUCUGUCCUGGAAGGGCUCUGUUGUUCAGUCUCACCAGAAAUGAUUUUUUUCUUCACUUUGAUUUGUGAAAACAUCUCAUUAAAAUUAUAUCAAAAUCAUGAACUAGAA